AUGCUUCUUCUUUUUUUAUUCAACGUAUCCAUUUCGGUAAUCUCGAAACAUUGCCAUCAGAAUCCUUUUCCAACCGAACACUUUCAGGUUCUAACAGUGGUUCACUGCUCGUCAAGUGCUCCCCGUCCGACGGAAAACCGUCGUCCGAAUCGUCUGUCGCGCGAUCCCAACAUCAAUUCGGAUGUGCACGAGAAGUACGUGCCGAUGCUGCCUGAAUGGGAUUCGCAGAUGCCCGAUGUGCUCGACGAGUUGGUCAGUGUUCAGAAGAAAGUGAAGGCCGAGGACGGAAGAGAGACCGCCAUUGAGAACCUGUGA